UAGUGAGUCGAAGCACGAGGUUUGCGUAGCUUCCGCUUCCGGAUGGGACUGUGGAAAAAUGGCGGCGUCCAUAGCUGCCUCGGCAUUGCCAGACGCUUUGAGGCGGCUGGCGUCUGUAUGUAGCCGCAGCAUCCUGGCAUCCUCCGGACCCGGAGCUGCUUCCCUCCAGUCUGCUUCUCGAAGGUUCAAUUCACAGAGCACUUCUUAUCCACAAGGAUACGUUCCUAAGACCUCCCUGAGUUCACCGCCCUGGCAAGAAGUGGUUCUGCCAGACCCAGUUGAAGAGACCAGACACCAUGCAGAGGUUGUAAGGAAGGUGAACGAGCUGAUCGCCACGGGCCAGUAUGGCCGGCUCUUCGCUGUCGUGCACUUUGCCAGCCACCAAUGGAAGGUGACCGCCGAGGACCUGAUUCUAAUCGAAAAUGAGUUGGACAUCCAGUGUGGGGAGAGGAUUCGGCUGGAGAAGGUCCUGCUGGUGGGGGCAGACAACUUCACACUCCUCGGCAAGCCACUCCUCGGAAAGGAUCUCGUGCGAGUUGAAGCCACAGUCAUUGAAAAGACAGAAUCAUGGCCCAAAAUCAACAUGAAAUUUAGGAAAAGGAAAAACUUCAGGAAGAAAAAAAGUAAUCAUCGUGAACCCACAGACCGUCCUCCGGAUUAACACCAUUGAGAUCGCACCUCGUUUGCUGUGACCACGGAGCAGAUAGCUAAGAAGCAUAACAUAAACUCAGGUCUGCACUCAGGAUGCUGAGGCAGGGGGAUCACAAGUUCCAGGUCAGGCUGGGCUGCACAGCAAGACCCUAUCUGAUAAUAAAAACAAAUAAAGUAUUUUGUAGGAGA